UGAGGUAGCGAGUGGCUAGAGGUCACAGGUGAGGGAAGGGCAGGGAUUCGAAGCAGUGGUUGGAAUAUCCGAAUUUCCACGCGCACAAUGUCAUGAACUACCUGAGGACAAGUAACCAGGAAAAAAUUUAAAGAAGGAAACAUUUUGAUAAACAAUUACAUCAUCAAGUGGAGGGAGUGAAGUGAAUAGUGACUUGGGAUUUUUGGAGAAGAUAUCGGGGGUAACACAAAUGGCGAUGGUUUCCAUGUCAUUUUCUGUCAACACAGUGGCCUUUCCCAACCUUCCCCGCCCCAACAGGUAUCCUGGAAUGGCAUUUGCAAGUUUGAGCGGCAAAGAAUCGAUGUCUUUGGGGGUGCGAGUUAUAGAAGGGGAAGGAAACUUGCCAAAAGUUGUGCUAACUUCAUCUGGGGGAAGUGAGGCUGAAAUAUACUUAUUUGGAGGUUGUAUUACCUCUUGGAAAAUUGCAAAUGGCAAGGACCUCCUCUUUGUUCGUCCAGAUGCUGUUUUUAAUAAGAAAAAAGCAAUAAGUGGAGGCAUCCCCCAUUGUUUCCCACAGUUUGGCCCGGGUGCACUUCAGCAGCAUGGAUUUGCAAGGAAUAUGGAUUGGUCUUUAGUCGAUUCUGAUAACGUGGAUGGAAAUCCUGUGGUAACUUUGGAACUCAAGGAUGAAUCUUAUAGCCGUGCCAUGUGGGAUUUCAGCUUCCAUGCUUUAUACGAAGUCACCCUCAACACUAAAAGUCUUUCCACUGAGUUGAAAGUGAAAAAUACUGACAAUAAGGCAUUCUCCUUUACCAAUGCCUUGCACACUUAUUUCCGUGCUUCGUUGAGUGGUGCGACACUGAAGGGGUUGAAAGGUUGCAAAACUCUUAACAAACAUCCAGAUCCUUUGAAUCCAGUAGAGGGUGUGGAAGAAAGGGAUUUGGUUAAUUUCCCUGGAUUUGUAGACUGCAUUUACCUUGCAUCUCCGAAUGAGCUGCGCCUCGACAAUGGCUUGGGUGAUUUGAUAUCUAUCAAGAAUACAAAUUGGUCCGAUGCUGUCUUGUGGAACCCAUAUAUCGAAAUGGAAGCUUGUUACAAAGAUUUUGUUUGCGUUGAAAAUGCUAAGAUUGGAAAUGUGGAACUUGAGCCGGAUCAAACUUGGACAGCAGUGCAGCAUAUGAGCAUUGCUUAGGAGAGUAACUGAGCUUGUACAUGAUCCUUUUGUUUUCUUAUGUAGUUUGUCAAUAAUGUGAAUUAUGGAUUUUUCUUCUGGCGCCAUGGGUGGUGGAUUUGAAGGGUGAUUGAGUUAUGCGGAUAUUUUAUAAAUAAGAAUAAGAAUAAUGCCUCCAGGUUUAUUUUGAUGUAAUAGCAAGUCUAUACCCUGUUCCGAUCUUCAGCUCUGUAAAAGCUAUCCAAGUUGGUCUA